CAACCAAAUUCCGACUCCUCUGCGCAGACCAAUCACCAAUGCCUGGGCCUCCUUCCACCAUGUCCCUGCCGAGGCCGAGCAGGUGCUACCGCUGCUGCUCGUCGUCGACGCCGCCGCCGCCGAAGCAGCGAGCCGCGGAGAGCAAGCGGCGGCCUAUCCGCGGAGCGCGGCUGCUGCUGACCCGGAGGGCGCUGGCGGGCGCUGUGGCGACGGUGACGUUGGCGGUGGCGGGCCGUGCCAGGGCGGCGGAGGGCGGCGAGGGGGUGGUGGGCGCGUUCAAUUCGCUGUUCGACCCGAACGAGGAGACCAAGGCCGGGAAGGUGCUGCCCAAGGCGUACCUGAAGGCGGCGCGGGAGGUGGUGCGGACGCUCCGGGAGUCGCUGGGGGAGGGCGACGCCGCCGGCGACUCGGCCAGCUUCCGCAGGGGCGCCGACUCCGCCAAGACGUCCAUCCGGGAGUUCCUCGGCGGCUGGAGAGGCCAGCCCGCCGUCGCCAAAGAGGAGUCGUAUGUGGCGCUGGAGAAGGCCAUCAAAUCGCUGGCGGAGUUCUACUCCAAGGCAGGGCCCUUCGCCUCGCUUCCGGGAGAUGUCAAAAACAAGAUCCUCGACGACCUCAACGCCGCAGAGGCCUACCUCUAGGUCUCUUUGCUUAGCGGCAUUGUAUUUUCCGGCGUAAAUUCGUUAUACUUGUGUCCUUUUGUUGCGACGUUAUGAUGAGUAAAUAAUAAUUGAAAUGGAUCCCCAUUUCUCUCUUGAUUCAA